AUGGCCGCCCUCCGCCUCGCCUCCUCCGUCACCCUCUGCCCGGCGGCCGCGGCCGAGAACUACGCGACCGCGCUCACGGAGGUGGCCGCCGAGAGCGACUCCCUCGACGCGACCGUGGCGGACAUGGAGAAGCUGGAGAAGAUCUUCGCGGAGGAGGCCAUCGCCGAGUUCUUCGACAACCCCACCGUGCCGCGCGAGGAGAAGACGGCGCUCAUUGACGAGAUCGCCAAGUCGUCGGAGCUGCAGCCGCACACCGUCAACUUCCUCAACGUGGUCAUCGACAACACCCGCGCCAGCCUGAUGCCGCAGAUCGUGCGCGAGUUCGAGACCGCCUACAACGCGCUCACCGGCACCGAGGAGGCCGUCGUCACCUCCGUGGUGCAGCUCGAGUCGCAGGACCUCGCGCAGAUCGCCACGCACGUGCAGAACAUCACCGGCGCCGCCAACGUCCGGAUCAAGACCCGCCUUGACCCGGAGCUCAUCGCCGGAUUCACCGUGCAGUACGGCCGCGACAGCUCCAACUUCAUCGACAUGAGCGUCCGCAAGCAGAUCGCGGAGAUCACCUCCGAGUUCGAGAUGCCCUCCGUCAACCUCGAAGUCUGA